AUGUACCGUAUUCUUGGCCUCGUUUUCGCCCUCACUCUUUUCUAUGGAACCACUGGGAUCCUAAAAGCUUGUGCCCGUUGUGGUCCCAAAACCCCGACAGUGAUCAUGACCGGUCAAUAUGUCACGGCUUUCUCGCAGAAUGUCAUUGUCAAACAGGCAAAUGGCUGUGUGAGGAAGAACUUGUUGUGUCGCUCAAAUGUUCCCCAAACUUCCCGCCUCGAUUACGUUCAACAACGGAAACUCGGGAAGUAUUCAAAAUACGACGUACAUUCGCGCUCAAUUGAUCUGCUCGAAUCAAUCGAAAUGGACAUACACAGCCAACGGCGUCACCGUUGCCAUCAACUCGAUCAUGUGCCAGGGAAACUACACAGGAGUUGGAUAAUGAGCUCU